GCAGACUCGUGGAUCUUUAAUGAUUUGAAGAUAGGUUUAGCAAGGAACUUGUGGAAAGAACAUUUUCAACUAUUUGAACUUGAGGAAAUCAUGAGACAGAAAGAUGAUUUACAAUUUGCUCAGAUGUUGAACAGGUUGAGAUUAAAUGAACUCUUACCAGAGGACAGAGAUCUUAUUAAAUCUCACACCAUUACACCUGCAUCACCUACUUAUCCAAAAAAUGCCUUGCACUUAUUCACUGAAAAUAAGCGAGUUGAUUAUUUCAACAGCGAGUUGAUACAAGACCUAGUCACCACAAAGGUGAAUGUGCCAGCUCAUACAGAUGUCAUUGCCCCUUCAAAUAUAAGCAAGCAAUCAAAACUUCACUUGAUAAAAGAAAUGAAUAAGCAAGACAAUCACAGCAAAACUGGAAACUUACCUAGCUUGCUAAAACUAGCAGAAGAAAUGUUAUAUGAUGUGACAGUGAAUGUGGAUGUAAAAGAUGGAUUAACAAAUGGAGCUUCAGGCAUUGUAAAACACAUUGAAUUCAAAGAAAUGAACCAUGAAAGACCUGGCAUUAUAUGGAUACUUUUCACUGAUGAAAACAUUGGAUCUAAAAGGAGAACAAAAUACAAACAUCUAUAUCAUAGAGGAAUCAAUAGGUUGUGGACACCAAUGUUUGAAACAAAACGGACAUUUUUAAACAAUAGAAAAACUUAUGAAAGAACACAGUUUCCUCUAGCCCCAUCUGCUGCCAAAACUGUACAUAAAGCACAAGGUACCACUGUUGAUGAACUGGUAGUUGACCUGAGGUCCAAUUACAAAGCUCCACACAUCCACUAUGUUGCAUUGUCACGAGUUAGAAUAUUAUCAAAUCUAUACAUCCUUGAUUUCAACGACAAGGCAUUAACAGUGGACAAAAAUGUACAUGUGGAAAUGGACAGACUCCGUAAGAUACCUAUGCAUUUAUGCUACAUUCCAUUAUACAACAUUGACAAUGCGCAUGUGAAACUCUUAUUCAACAAUGCAAGGUCGUUGCACAAACACAUAGAUGAUGUAAGAUGUGAACCAAACAUUCAAAGUGCAGAUAUCAUUGGAAUUUGUGAAUCACGACUUGUUGAUACAGACAGACAGGAAUGUUAUGAUUUACCUGGCUUUACUGCACACAGACUGGAUGAAGAUCAUAAUGGCAAAACAAGGCCAAACCAUGGACUAAUUGUGUAUGUAAAGCAUGGAAUUACAGUGGACAGAGUACACCCCCAUAGAUAUGAUGGAAUUGAAUUAAUGACCAUCCAUGCAAAAGUCAAGGAAACACAGAUUCAAGUUGUCUACCUUUAUAAAACACCAAAACUUGGUAUGCAGUUAUUUUUGAAAGCUUUAACAGACCACAUAAAACCAUGCAUUGAUAGAAAUAGAUCACUUUUUAUUCUUGGUGACUUUAACAUCAAUCUUCUGGACAUGCCAAAUGCCUUCUUGCAAUUUAUGCGAAGCGAAUUCUCAUGCAAACAAGUAAUUACAGAGCCAACAACAUGUUAUGGAACACUACUCGAUCAUAUCUACACUACAGAGACUGGAGUACAGACAGGAGUUAUUCCAACAUAUUGGUCUGAUCAUUCUCUCACUUUCUGCAUGAAACAAUUUUAGAUACAUUUGUAACACAAUGCAAUCAAAAUGAAGAUGCAAUGUAAAGCUUGCAACAUAGAAUUACAAUGUUUAUCAGAGAAGGGUCCUUUGUUAAUAACCAAACGAAAAUCCUGACAGAUCAAUUACUGAACUAGCAGAAUUUAAGUUAAAUACAUAUUAAACCAAACAAAAACCUAUUAUAGAUCAAUUACUUAACUAGCAAAAUUUAAGUUAAAUACAUAUUAAACCAAACAAAAACCUAAUAUAGAUCAAUUACUGAACUAGCAAAAUUUAAUAUGAAUACAUAACAGCGAAACAGACCAUAACUAUUGCAAUAUCAACCAAAGCAAAAUCAUAUUUACAAAACAGUCUACUCAUCAAAAUGAAAUAGUUCUGAUAUUGAAGAAUGUCCUAAACUGAGACAUGAGCAUUUAAGAAACUUAUGUUAUUAACGUAGUGAUUGUGUGCUUAAAUAUGGUAUUUGUACCAUAUUUAAUCACAUACUAAAAACUACCCCCACUGGCUAAAUAGCUAUUGGGAGAGUACAUUUUGUCUAUAUCGUUACAUCAAUGUAUUUUUAGUUGUGUGCUUCCUGUAUCUGAUAUUAUAUGUAAAUCAAUUGUACAAAAUCUGAUGACCUUUUAAGCAUUGUAUAGAUUUUGCCACUUGCUUUACUCAAACUUGACUCGUACUUCUUUUUUCGGAAAUCGGUACGUUCCAAUAUGCAAGUAAAAUGUUAGUGUUUUUGAAAUCAAUCAAAUAUUGAAUUCUAUGGAACUAGUAUGAAUUUGUGAUCAGAUACAAACAUUCAACUUAUUGUACUUUCUGUAAGUUAGUCACUUACUUAUAUCACACCAAGGACUCUCAUGUAUUGUUAAAUAUUUGCCAGAAAAUUUGUUAAAACUUGAAAACUUACUUCAAAUGAUUUUGAUGUGUAUGACCUGUCAUGUAUCGGAUAAUUAAUUAGAGGGAUUGCAAAAGAUGCAUGUUUACAACUUUGAUUCAAGGACUUACCUGAAAAGUGUAUCACUGGAAAUAUCAAUUAACUAACAUUUGAUACAACAAAGUGCCGAUGAAUAAUGAAACUGAUCUACAAAAAAGAACCUCAACAAAGUGCUAAUUAAUGUCAAGAAAAUAAGCAAAAACAUCAAAACUACACAAGACUUUUGGAAAUUCCGGGGUAUUGGACAAUCGUUUCCUCCGUGUAUCUACCACCAAUGAUCAGAUCCAUUGUAUACUGGCCACAGAUCUAAAUCACUAUCAGGAAUAGAACAGACCAACCAAUAUCAAGACAAAACAAAACAGUAGUAUGUAGACAAAUUCCAGACACAGACAACAGUUUUCUAAGACGUACAUCCCUACUUACAAUCCACUUCAAAUCACUCUUGGAGUUGUCCAAUAUUUAUCCAGUUGUGCUCUGCAAGACCAAACAAGUCCUCGUGUUGGUGUCAAUUCAUCUCUAAUUGUACAAUGCAAACAUUACUAUUCUACAUGUAGAUCACAAAUUUAAGUUUAGAUAUGUGCUACACCAUGUUAUGAACAACAGCUGCAAUAUUUCAAUCACUGCUGUUGUAUUUGAACAAUAAGACCAUGUGUUUUCAUUAUUUGGUCUCAGUUUUAAUUCAAGCUGGACAACAACAAAUUUUAAUUCAAGCUGGACAACAACAAAAUGUUUUAGCUGUAUGCUGUUAUGCAUACCAUUCACUUAAAUUGUGUGCUUUAUAUUGUGUAAGUGUAUAUAAAAUUUAUUUAUUGAUAAGAUUGACAUUUUCCUAGAAAGAAAUAUUCAUGUAUGUUACAAUAUAUAUAUGUUAAAUCCUGUUGUUCCUCAUGCUACUAAAAGCAUACUCUGUUUAAGUAUACUUAAGUUGUGCCCUAGAAACAACCAAAAAUUUCAUGAAUAUCUGUUUAACUCGGUUAAUCACUUAGAAUAUUUGCAAAUAAGCCUCUGCCAUUUGGAGUAAGACUUAAAACAACAAUUUGAUCAAAGCACAUGAUUCAUGUCUUCAUCAACUCGUGAUUGUCAGCAAAUUAAAGUUGAUUUCUUGUAACAGGUAAGUAUCUGAAAGUGGGGUCACUGGCAUGGCAGUAAAUGCCUGUAAACCCUUUCUUUCCAUGUCAUAUUGCUCAAAUAACUCGAAAACAUUGAGUAAUUUUAUGAUGACAUAUUGGAUGCGCAUGCUCUAGUUCUAUGGCAUACCUUCUUUAUUUUUUUGUGUGUCGUUUAAAACGACUAUAAUGAUUUAAGUCACUUUUUAAAACAACUUAAACUAUAUUGUCAAUUUCGUGCAAAUUGAAUCAUAAGUGCUCAGUGUGGUAUUAGACAAGAUGAUAAUAUUUAUAAUGUAUUUAUUUGGGAAAAUGAGCCAUACACUUUCCAUAAAGUAUGUACAUUAUACAUUUAGUUCUGUACACCUUUCAUACAAUUUUGUGCUCAAUAUGGCUA